AUACUGGGUGGCAUUUCAGCAGGGAUCUGCAGUCUCUCCCCUGCCCUAUUCUUGGCUUUCCCCACUCCUGUUUUGCUCUCCUUCGUCAUCAUACGUAUACAUUUUCUGCAAUGCUUCAAAACAGGCAGCUUUGAAAUUCCAAUCACCUUUUCAUUUAAACUUUUUUUUCCAACUUUUUCUGACAAAUUCAACCUGUGGAUUAUAUUGGGAAAAAUAAGGGGCACUACCUUCAUUGAUACGGUCACAAUUUCCUUAAUCAGUGGAUUCCAAUUCGAUUUGAAAGACAUUGCUAACCUCUUGAAUAAAAGCUUUCCAAACGACACUUGAAAUUAAGUUUUCAGAACAACAUGCCUGAAGCAGCCCCUGAAGGUGCAGCGGUGGAGUCCAUCUCAGCUGCUGUAGCCGAUGGGCUGAAUGUGAACGUGGUGCCGCCAUCAUCCCCUCCUAAGGCCCAAGGGUUUGGAAUACUCAAGAAACUAACCUUUUCUGUAGAGUUAGUGGUGACUAUUAGCCUCCUUCUCUCCUGGAUUAUGGCAGGCUUCAUGAUGUUUGAUAUUGUAGAAUAUAAAGGGGUCACUGACAUUCAAGAUGUAGUUUUGGAUCCCAUGAAAGCUGUUAAUGAUGCUGUAGAGGGAAUGUCCAACAUGUUCUAUGAGGCUCAAGAAUGUGCAUUUGCUCCUCAUUUGAGUCUGGACCACAUGAAUGCUGUCAAAGAUGUAAAAGACUUAUUUGUGGACUUCCUCUCUGAUGAUGACGGAAACUUUUACCUGAGCUACAUUGACCCGGUGAUUAUUGGCAGAGGUGUGUUCAAUGUCACCAAUAACUCUAUAUGUGGAGUCGUGGGUUACAUACAAGGCACACUCUGUGUUCUAUUGGAUGCCAUAUUGGAUAUCUUGCAGGCCCUUCUCCAUGCAGUGAACAUCAAUGCAGUAGACAUAGUGCAUGUUAUCACUGACUGUACAAGUUCUACUGGAACCUACAUUUGGGACCUGCUGCCAGGUAUCCCUCAAGAAGUGAACAUCGAUCCCAUACUGGUUCUCAGAAGAAUGUUUGGGAUUGUCAUUGAGCAGAAGAACAUACUUGUGGACUAUGUCUCCAACUUGCUAAUAGGCGAUCAAGGGGUCAUUCCUGUGAUGACCUUUGACCCUAUGAAAGUGGUCACAGAUGCAGUGCUUGAGAUUGCAGAUGGGAAAAACAUGUUCAUGGAUUAUCUGUCCAACAUGCUUAUGGAUGAUAAAGAUGAACCUAGUACUAUACCAGCAUCUGUGAUGCAUGUGAUAAGGAAGAAAGGACAGUUUUUGCCACCCCUGGAAAAAGUUGCAGAAUUGAUAGGCACUACAAAGGACGAUGACCCUGCACGCGUCACUCCAGUUGUGGCGGAGAAGGAUGAUGCUGUCAAAGAGGCUGAAGAAGAGCAAGGAGACAAGGACAGUACUGAUGACAGUUCAGAGGGGGUGAAGAAAUACACCACCCCAAAAAAGUUGUGGAUCCAAAAACAGAUGCUUAGAGUCAUGGGAUCUAAGGCCCACCUAAGAGCUGGAGAGGUACUUCCUAAGGAUAUGGAUGAAGACCAACAAGAUUGUGAUGUUGAAGAGCUUGACGAUGAACAAACAAUGGACGAUGACGAAAUCAUGGAUGUUAGCAAGGAGGAGGUGAAAGAGAAGGAUCAUCACUUAGAGUUAGAUGAGGAGGAGGGUGAUACCCAUGAGGUUGACGUCAAAGAUCAUGGUGUUGAAAAUGAAGGCAUUUACAAUGAAAACAGUUCAAAGGGAGCCAUGAUAUACACCACCAAAAGAAAUGUGCAGAUUCAAAAAACGAUGCUUAGAAAAGUGGAAUCUAGGGCCAAUAUUGAAGUUGGUGAUGAACAUCAUGAAUAUGAUGAGGAGGAGGCAGAGGAAGACAUUGAGUAUAAACAUGAUGAUCACAGUGACAUUGACACUAAAGAUCAAGUUGUUGAUGAUGAUCAUGAAGAAGCUGAAGCUGAUGAGCACAAUAAUGACACAGAUUACCUUGAUGUCAAAGAUCAAGAGGUUGAACAUGGAGAAGACAUUGACGAUGAGGACAGUUCAGAGGGGACCAAGACAUACGCCUCCAAAAUAAAUGUGCGGAUCCAAAAACAGAUGGUCAGAAAAGUGGGAUCUAGGGCCAAUAUUGAAGUUGGAGAUGAACAUUAUGAAGACAAUGGAGAGGAGGCAGAGGAAGACAUUGAUGAUGAGCAUACACAUGAUCAUCACAGCGACCUUGACAUUAAAGAUCAAGUCGUUGGGGAUGAUGAUUAUGAAGAAUAUGAAGCUGAUGAGGAAAAUCAUGACACAAAUUACCUUGAUGUCAAAGAUCAAGAGGUUGAAGAUGGAGAAGACAUUGACGAUGAGGACAGAUCAGAGGGGACCAAGACAUACGCCACCAAAAGACAUGUGCUGAUGCAAAAACAGAUGGUCAGAAAAGUGGGAUCUAGGGCCAGUAUUGAAGUUGGUGAUGAACAUCAUGAAGAUGCAGAGGAAGACAUUGAUGAUGGGAAUAAAAAUGAUCACAGUGACCUUGAAAUUAAAGAUCAAGUUGUUAGUGACUAUGAUCAAGAAGAAUAUGAAGCUGAUAAGGACAAUCAUGAUACAGAUGACCUUGAUGUUAAAGAUCAAGAGGUUGGAAAUGGAGAAGACAUUGACGAUGAGGACAGUUCAGCGGGGGCCAAGACAUACACCACCAAAGUAAAUGUGCGGAUCCAAAAACAGACGGUUAGAAAAGUGGGAUCUAAGGCCCAUCUAAGAGCUGGAGAGGUACUUCCUAAGGAUAUGGAUAAAGACCAAGAUGGGGAUGUUGAAGAACUUGACCAUGAACAAACGAUGGAUGGUGAGGUAAUCAAUGUUGAUGGCCGCGAGGAGGAGGGGAAAGAAAAGAGGAUGGAGAAAGAGAAGGUUCAUCACUUAGAAGUAGAUGAAGAGGAGGGUGAUACCCAUGACUUUGACGUCAAAGAUCAAGAUGUUGAAGAUGGAGAAGACAUUGACAAUGAAGACAGUUCAGUUGGAGCCAAGACAUACACCACAAAAAUAAAUGUGCCGAUCCAAAACCAGUUGUUUCAAGAAGUGGGAUCUAAUGCCAGUAUUGAACUUGGUGAUGAAGAUCAUGAAGAUUAUGUAAAACAUGAGGAAGAGGAAGAAAAGGAGUUGAAGCAGUCAAUUGAUGAAUAUGAAUAUAUUGAUGUCAGUGGAGCUGAAAAGCUUGAUGUUCUUGAUGUAGUGGCUGACAUUGAAGAAAUGGCCCAACUUCCUGAUACUGAUGGAAAUUACUCUGAAAUCAUUGAUGAUGAUGAUGAUGAUGAUGAAAACAACAACAACAGUGAGAGCAAGAAAGCUGGUGUCAAAAGGAAGAUAAAUGUUCCAAUUCCCUUUAAGAUGUUUAAAAGACUGGGAUCGAAGGCCCACCUUAAAGAUGAUGGGGAGCCCGAGGAUAAAGAUGACCAAGACAAAGACAUUCAGCGUGCCAGAGUUCUCAGACAAUCCAAGGAGAGGCAAGCAAGAGAAGAAGUAGUAGAAGAGGUAGAAGUGGUCCUUAAAGCGAUGAGGGAUGCACAAUCCAUGAAAGAGGUAGAAAAUAAGAAAUUGGAGGACAAGACGGAAAAGAAAGAGGAGCAGGCCGAGGAGAAAGCAAAGCCCGAGGCAAUGCCCAGUGUGAAGAAAGCAGAGAAGACAGGACCCAAAGAAGAAGAGCCAAAAAAGAAGACUGCCAGAGAGGAGAAAGAGACUAAACAUUUGAAGAAGAAAGUCAUCCAUGACUUCUUCAACAAGAAAGUUGUGGUGGAACCCAAAAAGAAGAUGGACAAAAAGGUGAAGGAGACAAAGAAGGAUGUUCAGUCAACUCUUUGGAAAUCUGACGAUGAUUCCAAGAACCCUGUCAAGGUGGUGAAGACAGAGUCCACCAUGAAAAAAGAACAUAUUGAUGUUAAUAAAGAAGGCAAAAAUAAACCUAUCAAAGAGGUUAAGGAAGAAAAGACAGCUAAACUACCAGACAUAAAAGUAAAGGUAAAAAAAACAGAACUUGAGGUUCUAAAGGAGGAGGCGAAGCUGGUGAAUGUUAAGAAAGAGCCCAAGGAAGCUAAGGAGCAAGCCAAACCAGAACCUACAAAAACAGAAGCUGAAGUUCCCAAAGAAAAAACCAAAUCAGCUACAUCAAAGAAAGAUACUGGAGCAAAAGAAGAGGCCAAACUAACUCCAGCAAAGAAAGAUGCUGCAGUUAUUAAAGAAAAGGUGAAAACAGCCCCUGCAAAGAAAGAGCCCAAGGAAACUAAGGGACAAGCCAAACCAGAACCUGCAAAAAAAGAAUCUGAAGAUCCCAAAGAAAAAACCAAUGCAGCUCCAUCAAAGAAAGAUGCUGAAACAAAAGAAAAGGGCAAACUAGCUCCAGAAAAGAAAGGGAAAGCCAAACCAACUCCUGCAAAUGAAGAUGUUGCAGUUAUUAAAGAAAAGGUGAAAUCAGCACCUGCAAAGAAAGAAUCUGCCAAAGCAGCUUCCUCAAAGAAAGAGUCCAAGGAAACUGAGGAACAAGCCAAACCAGAACCUGCAAUAAAAGACGGUGAAGUUCCCAAAGAACAAACCGAAGCAGCUACAUCAAAGAAAGAUGCUGAAGCAAAAGAAAAGGCCAAAUUAGCUCCAGAAAAGAAAGGACUGUUGUACGUGAACUUAGAAGCUGAAGUUUCCAAAGAAAAAGCCAAAGUAACUCCUUCAAAUGAAGAUGCUGCAGUUAUUAAAGAAAAGGUCAAAUCAGCCCCUGCAAAGAAAGAGUCCAAGGAAACUAAGGAACAAGCCAAACCAGAGCCUUCAAAAGAAGAUGCUGAAGCAAAAGAAAAGGAGAAAUUAACUCCAGAAAAGAAAGAUGCUGCAGUUAUUAAAGAAAAGGUCAAAUCAGCCCCUGCAAAGAAAGAUGCUGCAGUUAUUAAAGAAAGGGUGAAAUCAGCCCCUGCAAAGAAAGAAGCUGACAUUCACAAAGAAAACGCCAAAGCAGCUUCAUCAAAGAAAGUGUCCAAGGAAACUAAGGAACAAGCCAAACCAGAGCCUUCAAAAGAAGAUGCUGAAGCAAAAGAAAAGGCCAAAUUAGCUCCAGAAAAGAAAGGACUGUUGUACGUGAACUUAGAAGCUGAAGUUUCCAAAGAAAAAGCCAAAGUAACUCCUUCAAAUGAAGAUGCUGCAGUUAUUAAAGAAAAGGUCAAAUCAGCCCCUGCAAAGAAAGAUGCUGCAGUUAUUAAAGAAAAGGUGAAAUCAGCCCCUGCAAAGAAAGAAGCUGAAAUUCACAAAGAAAACGCCAAAGCAGCUUCAUCAAAGAAAGAGUCCAAGGAAACUAAGGAACAAGCCAAACCAGAGCCUUCAAAAGAAGAUGCUGAAGCAAAAGAAAAGGAGAAAUUAACUCCAGAAAAGAAAGAUGCUGCAGUUAUUAAAGAAAAGGUCAAAUCAGCCCCUGCAAAGAAAGAUGCUGCAGUUAUUAAAGAAAAGGUGAAAUCAGCCCCUGCAAAGAAAGAAGCUGACAUUCACAAAGAAAACGCCAAAGCAGCUUCAUCAAAGAAAGAGUCCAAGGAAACUAAGGAACAAGCCAAACCAGAGCCUUCAAAAGAAGACAGUGAAAGUCCCAAAGAACAGACCAAAGCAGCGUCAUCAAAGAAAGAUGCUGAAGCAAAAGAAAAGGAGAAAUUAACUCCAGAAAAGAAAGAUGCUGCAGUUAUUAAAGAAAAGGUCAAAUCAGCCCCUGCAAAGAAAGAAACUGACAUUCACAAAGAAAACGCCAAAGCAGCUUCAUCAAAGAAAGAGUCCAAGGAAACUAAGGAACAAGCCAAACCAGAGCCUUCAAAAGAAGAUGCUGAAGCAAAAGAAAAGGAGAAAUUAACUCCAGAAAAGAAAGAUGCUGAUGUUGUUAAAGAAAAGACGAGACCAGUUCCUGCAAAGAAAGUGAAAACUGUAAAAGACAAGGCAAAACCAGCACUAGCUGAGAAAGAGGCUGAAGUUGGCAAAGAAAAGUCCAAACCAACACCUGCAAAGAAAGUUCCUAUAGAAGAGAAUUUCAAGUCAACACCAGUAAAGAAAGAACUUGUUGCACCACUGGGGAAAGCACGACCAAACAUUGGAAUCAAAGAACCUGAAGUCAUUCGCAGAAAUCACAGUCACAUAAAUGCUUCUCUUACAAAGGAGAGAGUUAAAGUUGUACUUGUAAAGAAAGAACCUGCUCUGAAAGAAAAGGCCAUGCCAGCCCCUGCAAAGAAAGAACGUGAGGCUCCCAACCAGAAGGCCAAACCAGUAUCUCAAAAGAAAGGUACUGAUUCAAUUCAAGAACCUGAGGGUGUGAAAGAGAUGGACAAACCAGACCCUCUUAAGAAAGAACCUGAAGCUACAAAAAAGAAGGCUAAGCCAGCAACUGUAACGAAAGAGCCUGAUGCUCCAAAGGAGAAUGCCAGACCUGCGAAAAAAGAUACUCCCAAAGAAAAGGCUUCCAAAUCAGUCCCUGUAAUGAAAGAAAAGUCUGCUGAGAAGAAGCCUGCCAAAGAAGAGAAAGCAAAGGCAGAGCCUGUUAUAACAGACCCCUUCGCCACAGAAGAUGAGAUGCCCUACUUCCAGUGCUUUUUUGUGGAUGAAGAUGAGGCCCAGUAUCCCUUCUACCCUUUCUCACCUCUCCAGAUGUGAGAGCCCUGCCCAGUGAAGAGCACAGUAUAGAAAGCAAUGGGACGAGAUGGUGCGACACCUUUAGUGUGGAGUUAAUAAUAAAACCAAGCCAUGGAAUCCACUACUGCUAUGUUGCAGCCUAGCGUCCUGAGCUGGUCUUCAACAGAAACCUAGGACAGCAAAGCACUUUGAGUGAAUUCGUUGAGCUCUCAUGGGUAGCCAACAUCAUUCCUGUCCAAAUGUGUUUGUGUUAUAUUUUGUUUUUGAUAGCUGAUAUGGCAUGAGUUGAUCUAUAUCAUGACAUAAGUAUUUUGAAUGAAACAAUGCAUAAUGUGUUUUCAUCUGCAGAUUAGCCUUUUUUAGGGCCAUGCUAAUUCGCUUGAUUCAAUUCCCGCUUUGAUAGUUGUCAGUUGUCUCAAUUGAAUGGUAUAUUCAAACAAAUUGGAAAACAGAUUGUACCGUUGGCUUUCAUACUUUUCAAAUUCUCAGCGCAGUGCAAGCAAUUUAUCUGUCUGUCAUCACAUUCAGUUGAAUUGGAGCUACAUAUGGAAGCCGAGCAGUGUUGGUCUAGAAUUUGGGGGAGGAGCUUGGUUGGGCUGGACUACAGACUGCUGCUCUGUUGCUGUGGACUCUGAAUUACGCUUUAUUUACAUGAACAUGGGCUCUAUAUCAUUGCUCUCAUACUAAGACAUCAGUGGGUCGUUCCAUCUAAAAAAUUCACAAGAAAGAGGCUUUCGACACCCACCUUCUCAGAUUGUACUGAAAUUGUUUCUGUUAGGGAACAUAUAAGAUUAGUGUUCCUGCAACAAUAUUUUGUUGAAAUAUAAUUUGAUCUUCGAGAAAUUAAGCUAAUUGAUUCCACCCAAAUUGGCCAUUACAUUCAAUAAAUGUAGACCCUAACAUCCAGGAUUGCUUUUCUUAAGGAAUUCCUCCCCCACUUCAUGUUAAAGGGACAGUUCACCUAAAUUACAUAAGUACAUUUGGUUUCCUUACCUGUUAGCAGUCUUUGAACAAAUAAAUUAAACAGCCCAUGUGUUGGUUUUGUUGUCCACUGACUCAAAUGCAAACAGACACAACUCCAAUGCAAGUCUAUGGUACCUGUAUUAGCAUUUUCAUGCUUCAUGUCCAAACCAUUCUGAAGUAUUCAAAGCUGUUAUGUUACUGACAGAUGAUUUAGAUAUGAAGCUUGGAAAUGCUUAUAUAGGUACCAUUGACUUGCAUUGGAUUUGUGCCACAAAUGCUAAAAAGUUAGCAUUUCAAACACCGGCCAGAUUAACAAAACCAAAACAUGGGUUGCUGUCAUAACUUGUCCCUAAACUGCUUACAGGGUAAGGAAACAAUAUGUCAUUUGGGUGAACAAUCCCUUUAACACUGAGGGGGAUUCUGAAAAAAAUAACUACAAGUAGGAACAGCACCAUCUAGUGGUCAGAACAUUGUCAUAUCAAGAUGUAGGAUGGGGCAUUAACCUAACUUAAAUGAUUAAUUUCUCUGAACAGGAAGAAAAAAACAUUACCAAAUUCACUGAGAAUACAUUACAUAGGAUGAAGAAAUAACACUGACUCACAGCUCCAUACUAUUCGUCAAACAUAGAGAACUAAUACUGUAUUCUCUUUAUUUAGGGUGGGAUGGGUGUGUGGUGUCCGUGGGUGGCUUUUGAUAGUUUCUUUCGAUUCCUCAUGUCUUACUCCUUGUUAGAAAAAGGUUUGGUCCAAAUCUGAUGUUAGGUACUUGCUUGCUGAAAUGACACAACAACCUUAGUGGAUUUUUACCUUACUUUGUGAAACGUUUUUGUUUUUAAUGUUGCAUUUCUUGCCCUUCUGUUCACUAUGGUAACUCACAAUGAGAUAGUACUUCCAUUGUUGCUGAAUAUGUUUCCUCAUUGAUUUUCAGGCUACAUUGCUUUCUUCCAUUUUCUUCUAUUCCUCUUCAUCAGUCUGCGUUUGUUAACUUUGAGGAAGCAUAAAGCUUUUCAUCAAUUCAUAGGGACCUCAUACUCACAUUAAAAAAAUUAUGUUAGUGCC